GCGCGCCUCCUGCAGAAAGGAGCCCCGGCCUGGCUCAUUUUCGCCUGGCGGGUCGGCCGCUCGCUCGCUCUGUGUUUCAGUCUGAAGCCGUUGGCUGCCGCUGAACCGCUUGGCUCUUUUUCCUCCGCUAGCGAGCGAGCCUCACAAUCCGGACACCCGACUGUCCUCCCUGCACACGUUUGAGGGGAUUUACCGUCACACAUGCCCGCGUCUCCACAACACCCCGGUCAUUGGGGACUCCUGGCACCGGCUGGCCGCGUCUGCGGGCCGUUAUAACGCGCUCUUCCAGGUUUAAUUGGCGCUAGAAAAAGCGGCGGCGGCGGCGGAGGAGAUUCCAUAUUAGGAGCACGGAGGAGAAGGCAACCCCCUCCCCCCCCUCCUCCCCCCUCCCCCCCCCGGUGUGAUUUUGGAGCUUCUGGUUCUGAGCCCAUGGUACAAGGCCCUGACUGAACGGACUGGUGGUGCAUACAUACUUACUACUGUGGUUAGGUGUGUGUGUGCUGACCUCAUGGUGUAACAGGAGUAAAGAUGAGCAUUAGCAGUGAUGAGGUCAACUUCCUGGUCUACAGAUACCUACAGGAGUCAGGGUUCUCCCACUCAGCGUUCACUUUUGGUAUAGAGAGUCACAUCAGCCAAUCCAACAUCAAUGGUGCUCUGGUUCCCCCUGCUGCCCUCAUAAGCAUCAUCCAGAAGGGCCUGCAGUACGUCGAGGCUGAAGUCAGCAUCAAUGAGGACGGCACGUUAUUCGACGGGCGGCCCAUCGAGUCUCUGUCCCUAAUCGACGCGGUGAUGCCGGACGUCGUUCAGACGAGGCAGCAGGCCUACCGGGACAAGAUGGCCCAGCAGCAGGCCGCCGCUUCAGCGCCGACGUCGGCCACCGGGGGCAGCAUCACCGGCAACGCCAAGAACGGAGAGAAUACCGCCAACGGGGAGGAGAACGGAGCCCACGCCUUAGCAAACAACCACGCAGACCUGAUGGAGGUGGACGGAGACGUGGAGAUCCCCCAGAACAAGGCCAUGGUCCUGAGGGGCCACGAGUCUGAGGUCUUCAUCUGUGCCUGGAACCCAGUCAGCGACCUGCUGGCAUCAGGGUCCGGUGAUUCGACGGCUCGCAUCUGGAACCUGAGCGAGAACAGCACGAGCAGCUCCACACAGCUGGUGUUGAGACACUGCAUACGGGAAGGAGGACAGGACGUCCCCAGCAACAAAGAUGUCACCUCGCUAGACUGGAAUAGCGAGGGCACGCUGUUAGCAACAGGCUCAUAUGACGGAUUUGCCCGAAUAUGGACAAAGGAUGGUAACCUGGCCAGUACACUUGGCCAACACAAAGGUCCCAUCUUUGCCCUCAAGUGGAACAAAAAAGGCAAUUUUAUCCUGAGCGCAGGAGUAGACAAGACAACAAUCAUAUGGGACGCUCACACAGGAGAAGCCAAACAACAGUUCCCCUUCCACUCAGCUCCGGCACUAGACGUGGACUGGCAGAGCAACAACACGUUCGCUUCCUGCAGCACAGACAUGUGCAUCCACGUCUGUAAACUGGGACAGGACCGACCCAUUAAAACAUUCCAGGGACACACAAAUGAAGUAAAUGCAAUCAAGUGGGAUCCCACAGGGAACCUGCUGGCCUCCUGCUCAGACGACAUGACGUUGAAGAUCUGGAGUAUGAAGCAGGACUCGUGCGUCCACGACCUGCAGGCCCACAGUAAAGAAAUCUACACCAUCAAAUGGAGUCCCACCGGCCCCGGAACCAACAAUCCCAGCGCUAACCUCAUGCUCGCCAGCGCAUCGUUUGACUCCACAGUUCGUCUCUGGGACGUAGAGAGAGGAAUCUGUAUCCACACGUUGACUAAACACCAGGAGCCCGUCUACAGUGUGGCGUUCAGCCCCGACGGUCGGCAUCUCGCCAGCGGCUCCUUUGACAAAUGUGUGCACAUCUGGAAUACACAGACGGGCGCGUUGGUCCACAGUUACAGAGGCACGGGGGGAAUCUUCGAGGUUUGCUGGAAUGCAGCAGGGGACAAAGUCGGAGCCAGCGCAUCGGACGGAUCUGUGUGUGUACUAGACCUGCGGAAAUAGUGCUGCUGUUUGUUGGAAGCCAUGGACCGACCAUGAAUGUGUACAUAGCCAAAUGACUGUCCCUGCCUGCCCUGCGUACUGCUCACGCUUACGACUACGGCCCCGCCCACCGACAGACAGGAAGCAGGAAGCAGGAACAGGAAGCAAGCACCCGACACAGCAGGUCCAGACAGAGGGAUGAACAGUUGGACGAGCGGACAGAAGGAGCGGGCGGGCGGGCAGACGGACGGACGGAGGCGCCCCUCUCUAUCUGUGCAGACUCUUACAGAGAUGCAGAAGGGACGCAGUGAUUGAAAAAAACAAAAAAAGAGUUACAGAUCCGUAUAUGUACCAAAUUUGGAAGCUAUUUUGCUUUUUUUUGAUCUUUAAAACAUGCUCAUUGUCAUCAAAGUGAAAAAACAACAACAAUGAAAAUAGUGUUGAUCUUUGUUACUAGCUGGAUCUCAUUGUGCAGACAUAUCAACCUCUCCACCAUAAAACAGGAUGGCACUUAGUUGUUUUUUUCCUUUUUCUUUUUUUAAUCUCAGAUCUCUUGUUUCAGUGUUUUUAUAUCUUUUAUCCUCGGGGGGCAGGGGCUGGUCAGUUUUAUUAAGUGGAGAAGAACAUGCACACCCGACAGUUCUGAUAAACUGUGUCCUCGUCAAGAUUCUAAACCAAUGUGACAAACAAGUGGGUUUUUUUUUUAUUUUUUUCUCAGUAGUGGUUUCUGCAGACGGAGUGGGUCAAAAUGCAGUAAUUCAUGUGUCGUCUCCUCCAGAGGACGAACUCUGGUGGACUCUCCUCGUACAUCCGCCUGGACAUGUGACGCUGACGAUGUACAUCUCAAUGCUUUAAAAACAGCCUCCUUUUGUGCAGCCCCUGACCCGGCUUUGCCCACAGUUCUCCGGACUCUUCAGUCACAGCGGUCACAUGUCUGAUGGGGAAAAUCCGCCGAAUUGGCAAGAGGCCAAAGUGAGUUUAUCUCAAAUGAGAUGAUAGGCCAGGAGCUUUGGCCAGCCAUUAUUAUUUACCUUUACUCAAAACCAUACGAACAACCGUUGUACCCUGAAUGGCGCGACGUCCUCUACACUGCAUUCAUCGGACUUAAAGAAACGUCGUCUAAUUUGACCCAUGUACACAUCAUCAAACCCUCACGUCCCGAGGCGGUGUGGUGACCUACGUCGGCUGGUCAUCCAAGUGUUUUGCCACUUUUUUCGGACGGAAGAUCCUCGGAGGGGCAGAGCCAAAGACAAAGCCACCAGAAGACGCCGCUGAUGUCCGCCCGCAGAGCUCCACAACAGACGGGACACUACAGCUGUGUUCAAACCCACACCCUCCUUUUUAUCAUUUCCUACACGUGCAAUUUUUUCGAAAAAGUGAAGACUCAUUUUUGCAUCCGACAAAUUAGGUUUUUUGGCGUUGUCGGCAAAGUAGUUCGACUGACAUGGACGAUACCUUCUUGUUACGUCGAGGGACUGUUUAGGGCUCGACAUAAAGCGGACGUUUUCAAAUUCGGAUACUCGCCUAAAAUGGCGGGUGAACAUCAAGUGCAUUGCGAAGUACACGGGGAGCGGGUUUGGGCACAGCCUUGGUGUAGCUUUACUAAGUUAAGUUCAUCGUCAUAGCACCCUGAUGUGAUGAGGUCUGUUCAGUUUUCAGUUUACUCUUUCCUGUGUAAUGAAUUAAAAAGGGGGGGAUGUCAUCACCGUUAAUAUUGUUUAAUUGUAUUUUGACCAAAGUUUUGUCCUAAACAUUCGAUACUAACCACGUCCGCUGACUCGUCUCCACCCGAGGAACCGUCACGUUCCUCGGCUCCGCGCUGUCGCACGUUUCAAAUUCAAACAGUGACUCAACCGAUACUCCAGAGCAGCUCCGCCUCCGAGACUUGUGAAACGGAAAUUUUAAUGUGCUGAUAUAUAUUAUUUUUUUACUCUUUUAAGAACACAACCACCCACAUUUCUCUGGCAUGGACUGGAGGGGGGAGGGGCUUCAAGUGCGGUGGUCAACGGGCCGCUCUUGCUCGGGAAGAGACAUUUGGAGACGUCCUGUGUUGUCACCUUCACACAUCACUUUAUUUUUUUUUAUUAUUUUUUUUAAACAGCCGUACAGACCCAGCCCUGGCACAGUGUCGCCAAUUCAGAAUGAGGCCCUAAAAGCAGAUCAAAGGUGGAAAGCAAUAUGUGAACAUUUAAUAUUUGUGUCUUAUUAUUGGUUCACAAUGUGGGGGAACGACGACACUGCGGCCCCGCCCUGCUCCUCAUAAUCCAGCCGGAGCUCUAGAGGGCGCGUGGCGAGAGCAGACACGGGACACCUGAAGGAGCGGAAAGGUCAGGCGUGGAGUCGCUUCAACGAAGGUCGUGGCCAAUUAGAAACCAAACGACGAGCCGCAACCUUUCCGCCCUCUUCGCCUUCGUUAUCGGUUCUUCGCCCGCAUUUAAUUCCGAGGUUCCCCGCCGACCAAACAUUUUAUACUCUUUUCGAAGCAGCAAAUUUCCAGUUACGUUUUUUGUAAUUUCUUCGUAGAUUUGAGGGGGGGGGAAAAAACAGCGAAUUGAUGAUUUAUUGGCACUGUUCGUUUUACCUGUUCCUGUAAAUUUGAAAGAUUCUUUUUGUUUCGUUUUGUUACUUUGGAGUGACGUUGCGAAUAGUAAAGGUCGACGGUGUAAUGUGAGGCUUUAACCGAGCCGGGCUGUCGUUCUGAAGGCACCGCUGCCUGGGAAGAGCUUCCCCCGAGAGCAAAUCACCACUCAAUUUGUCUUCUGUUUUUAAUAAAGAAAUGUUUGACUUUUUUUUUCUUUUUCUUUUGCUUGAAUCUUUUUUUUGGGGGGGGGGAAGCCUUGUCCCGGGGAAGGCUCCCUCCCGAAGCUCCUCUUGGCUUACACACAAGACCAAUUGAAUAAAAUUGUAAUUUUUCAAUGGAGAUUUUUUGCCCUUGCUGACCCCUUCCCUCCUCGUUGCUACAGUGUGGGAGUUGUACAGAUGUUCUGUGGAGAAAGUUGCUCUGGAAGCAAAUCUGAUCUUGUCGGUUGGAGUGUGGAUUUAUAUUUGUUCUAAAUUCUGAAUAUGCAGUGGGACUUGGUGAGCCCACGAAACAGUUCCUCACGGUCAGUUGUAUUUUAUAGAGAAACUUUGAUCACACAAAGAAUUUCAUUAAAAAAAAUCUGCCCUGUAGAUGUUAGUGUGGCCGUUAUUCUCCACGUAAAGUGCACAUUGAUAAACCUCUCAGUUUGUUUCUCAUGCCGGACGCUUGCUCACAGUGCACACCUGCUCUCGGCCUGGCGCGAGCGUUACGACGCGCCUCCAUUUUAAGCCAAUAGGACGGCUGCGGUGACCGACGUCUGACUGGACGUUUUGCCUCCCAAUACGAUUGCUAGGAACGUCUGGUCACAGACAAUGGAGGGAAAGUACUUAAUUUAUGCGCAUGCACAUAUCUUUCUGGGCGAAAAGAUGUCUCAUCACACACACGCACACGCACACACACACACACACCAACAACGGAGACGCGAGAGACACUUCCACAGUGGAGUUCAGCGUCAGUGGCCGAGCCAGAGGACCGUGUGUGGUCGGUUAUAUUUGACUGAAAUGCCCAGUUUGGGAUCAAUGAAGUACACUUGUCUAUUUAUCCAUCUCUCUGCCCGUCUGUCUGAAGCCCAGUUAUCAGUAAUCCAACAUUCGCCGAAUAUUAAGUCACGACCGCACAUUCCAUUUCGACCUACCGUUACAAACUACAUUACUAAUUUGACCCAACAAUAUUAAAUCUGAACACUGCAGUGAAACUUAAAGGGGCCAUAUUAUGCUCCAGGCACCUAUUCAGCCUGCCUCCACGUAUAUUUGGUCAUCUGGGGUGUCUGCCAGCCCACGAAGAAUCCUUGAUCCUUGAGGUGUUUUGACAUGGAAUGGCAAAGACAUGUAGUUCACACACCUGAAAACCAAUGUAACUUGUGUAAAAGGGGGCAUAAUAUGGGCCCUUUGAGGCACACUGAGGUUCGACGAAACUGAAGCCUGCCCGCAGGGCGCCUCCGCUCCUCACAAACGUUUUCUCGUGGCCCCCUCCGCAAUACAUUUGACAUUUCCCUAAGAGUAAGAGGAGCUAACCGAGCUCGUGUUAUCCAGAGGAUCAGUGAAUUGUUCUACCCCUUCCCCCGUAUUUGAAGCACUCGAACCAGCGGGUGUGAAAUAUAAGGUCACGCGGGUUCAACCCCUCGGGUGCGUUUCGGUCCGUGCCACAGUUGCUGGGUGAACGUGGGCAAAGUCGAACCUUUCGUGUGUGCGUGUGUGUGUCAGUGUCGUUUCAUGUCAGCCCGACGGCAUCUCUUUUAGUUGGGUUUUUUUUUUUCUUCUUUGCAGCUCACAGCAUCACAUGGAUCUGUUAUCAUUUCAGUCCCAUCUGUGAAACAACAGUCCAGAAUAAAAUAUAUUUUGAUAAGA